CGUAUCUUUGCUGUGUCCUCCCAGGAGCGGAAGUGUCUGGGAUUCCGCUCAAUCCAUCGCUCCAAAGCCAGGCGUCUGCACAGGGAGGACGGAUCGUUUGCAUCUCUUCCCAACAGAGGAGGGAGGUCUUUCGCCGUCGCUGUGCACUAUAUAUUAGACUUUACCAGCGCGGGACAUGGUCUUUGAGCGUCAUGUUUUGUUAUAGGUCUGCGCAAUAGCCACGGACGCCUGCCUGGACGCGGGAGGGGAUUAAGUUACUGCUGCUGGCGGCGGAUUAUUUUAUUGGCCUCCUGUCACGCCUGCCACCAGCCUUUGGUGAUCCUGUUUCCAAUUAAGCACGAUCGCUGAAGAAAAAAAGGGGAAAAAACAGGGAUGUCUUUCCGUCGAGGUGUGGUCCGGCAGAGUAAAUUUCGCCACGUCUUCGCUCAGGCCUGGAAGGCCGAGCACUGCCUCGACGACGUCAGAGUGUCCCGGGUGACAUGGGACGGCCCCCUCUGCGCGGUCAACCCCAAGUUCAUCGCGGUCAUCAUCGAAGCGGGGGGAGGAGGCGCCUUCCUCGUCGUUCCGAUUGGCAAGAGCGGCAGAAUCGACCAGUCCUGUCCCACUGUCUGCGGACACGCGGCGCCUGUGUUGGACAUCCAGUGGUGUCCUCAUGAUGACAACAUCAUCGCAAGUGCCUCAGAGGAUUGCACAGUGAAGGUGUGGCAGAUCCCCGAUGGCGGGCUAACCAGUCCGAUGACUGACCCGAUUGUGACCCUGGAGGGCCACAGUAAAAGAGUGGGAAUCCUGGCUUGGCACCCUUGUGCCUUCAACAUCCUAUUGACUGCAGGCUGCGAUAACGUGGUUUUUGUGUGGAACGUGGGCACGGGCGAACUCGUGUACCAGCUGGCCGACGCCCACCCGGACCUGAUCUACAGCGUCGGCUGGAAUAAGGAUGGCAGCGCCGUGUGCACUGUGUGCAAGGACAAGGCCCUGCGCAUUAUCGACCCACGUCGGGGCGCUGUCCUGAAGGUCAGAGAAAAGGUCCAUGACGGUACAAGGCCCAUGAGAGCAGUCUUCCUCGCCGAUGGGAAAAUUUUGACCACAGGCUUCAGCCGUAUGAGUGAGAGGCAGCUCGCUUUGUGGGACACCAAAGAUCUCUCUGAGCCGAUGGCUGUACAAGAAAUGGAUACAAGUAACGGAGUCCUUCUUCCCUUUUAUGACCCUGACACAAACAUGGUCUACCUAUGCGGAAAGGGGGACUGCACCAUUCGGUAUUUCGAAGUGACAGACGAGUCUCCCUACGUUCACUUCCUGAGUUUAUACAGCAGUAAGGAGCCUCAGAGAGGUGCAGGGUUUCUUUGUAAAAGAGGCGUGGAUGUCAACAAGUGUGAAAUUGCCAGGUUCUACAAGCUGCACGAAAGGAAAGUGGAACCCAUUUCUAUGACUGUACCACGUAAAUCAGAUCUCUUCCAGGGAGACCUUUACCCAGACACUGCAGGCUUGGAGCCGGCUCUGCUGGCAGAUGAAUGGAUCGCCGGACAGGACGCAGCACCUCUGCUCGUCUCUCUGAGCGGAGGGUACGCGGCUCCUCCCUCCAAACACAGAGACACCCUCAGAAGCAAGCCCAAGCCAAGCUCUCAGGACUCCGGGGCCGGGGGCGCCGCCACAGCAGCAACCGUAGCAGCCGCUCCCACACCUAUGCCUACCUCUGCCGCCAAGGAAAUGGAAGAAGAAACGCCGCAGCCACGAGUGACCGCAAGGGAGACAGAUGGAAAUACCGAGAGGCCGAGGAGAGAGGAUGAAAUGUUGAGUGAAUUGUUAGCAGAGAUGAAGGCCUUACGGGCAGUCGUGCUCGCUCAGAACCAGAGAAUCGAGCUGCUGGAGAGGCAGCUCGCCCGGAUUGAAGACGGCGACGUGUGAGGAGGCCUAAAACUCAUCGAGUUCCUGAAGAAGCUAUAGACUGUAGCCUUACUAGUCUUAACAAUAGCUUAAUGCUUUGUGAGUGUAAAAACUGUGUGUAAAUACUGUGACUGUGGGUUCCAGCCGUUAUGAUUAAGGCUGUAUCCCAAAUGAUUUUUCUUUUUAGUAAAUAUGGUGUCAUCUGCAUAGAGUGAAAUUUAUAGGAAAACUAAAGGAUCUUGUAGCAGUUAUUGGAUCUUGCAACUUUGAGCUUUUUUAAAAAUUAAUGUUUUGAUUCUGCAAGACUUGAGGAGUCACAACAGUGGUUCCCAAUGUGUGGGGCACGCCCCCUAGUGGGGGCACAAUGCCAUUGGAGGGGGGCUCGGGAAGCGGUUUGGAUAAAUGGAAAAAAAACAAAAAAACAACAGUCACACAAAAGUGUUUCACUGUAAAGAUGGUUUGUAGGUUUGUUGCAACCUGAAGUGUGAAAUAAACUUCAGUGGAGUUUGAAAACAAAAUAUGGUUAUAGGUAAAUAUCUGGUUGAACAAUGUGUGUGCCCAGUUUAUUUUUUAUUUUUUUAUUUUUAUUUUUUUGUGGGGGGGCAGCGAUUUGUACCUACAGAGGGGCCCAGAAAAUCUUUGGGAACCACUGAGUUACAACAAUACGAUUCCUUUAAAUAGUAGGCAUAAUAGGCGUAAUGUGGAAUUGUGCUGACUCGGCUGAAGGUUGCCAUUUUAUAGCAAAGCAUUUAAUUACCUCCAAUACGUGUGUUUUCCUGGCAUGCAUUCAUAAAUGCCACUUUUAGGGCUUAUUCAGGUAGUUUGAGGUGCAAAAGUGUCAAGUCAUGGCUUGACUUUUUACAUGACUUGUGCUUUGUUUUCCCUCUACUUUAUAUAGUUUGCUCUGUUCAAAUGUAUGAACCUAAAAUCUCAAUAUACAACCGUGAGAACCACGGGAGCGAUAGGUGGUGAGAAAGUCGUGGAGUGUUUAUGUGUAGUUUCAUUCCGUGUUGUUGCAGUAAAGGAAACGGUCGAGCGCUAGUGAUUUUGUGUUAAGAACUGCGGCUGUGUUUUAUGGGUCACUUUGAGGUCAAGCGUUUGAUUGAAAUGACACAUAUGCAUUUAUAACAGUUUCAGUCAACAGAAAUUUAACAUGACACUAUUUUCCUUUGGUUUCAGCAAAAUAUGCAUCUGUGUUCAAUUAUGUGAGGCACUUUUAGUUACGUUUCUUUCAUUUUAGUCGUACUUCUAUGAAUGUUCUUUAUUUAGAGGCAUUACUGUGUAUUUUAUGUUGCUGUCAGUUGUAGGAUAACAAUGUUACAUUCCAGUUGAGCCCUUUAAUACUUUAAUUAUGCACUGACCUCUUAACACUGCUAUGAACAACAGGUUCAGCUAGACAAUGGUGUAAUGAUUGACUCAACUUUGUUUCAUGUUUUGUACGAAAAAGCCUUUCGGUUUACACUUCAUGGUCAAGUGUUUGUGAUCAGUUCUAGUUCUGAUUACCUUUGGAAAUACUGUGUUUGAGUGUGUUAAUUGUUAAAUAGAUGAUGAAUGGACUUUGUUUUUAAUCCAACUUGUCAUUCUUAAUAAAAUAUCUCAUAAAA